AUGGCAUCCAACCCUACAAACAGCGCACCAGAGGCUACCCCACCUCAUUUUAGACUGAUGGAGCUGCCAACAGAGCUACACUUGCACAUCUCAUCGUACCUUUCAUAUCCAGAUGCACUGGCUCUGAAACAUACCUGCCGCCAUUUCUACUCGCUGGUGUACACAGGCGUCCAUCUGAAAGUCAAUUGGCUGGUGGAGCGCUUCGAACACAAACUGGAAUGUCCUAUGGAGAAGUGCUCUUUCCGAACAGACGAAGCCUUCUGUAACUGGCGGAUCCGAAAGAUCAUGGAGCGCAGGCGCCGGCAUCUAGAAUGCCCCCGGUCUCGAGGUGGAUGUCUAGUCAUUGAAGGUAGAACCUGUCAGAUGGAUUUGGUUCCGACGUGGCUGAAGAGGCAGGGGAGGGUAAAGAUGCUCAAAGCGGCUGGGAACGAAGUUCUUAUCCAUGGGGUGAUGGUGCUCUUCAUGCAACUGCUAUGGGUGUUCUGUCAAAGAUAUGUUUUCGUUCCAGCCAUCAUUAGCUACUGAUCAUAGUUUGAAAACUUGAUCAAUGAAAGCUCCACCAGAACGAUAUUAUUGCUAUGCCCGUCUUCAAUACGUGAACAUUGAGCGUCACCUUGCGACAAAUAUUACGAUCAUGCGGCGCGCGCCCGCGCCCUCGCAACGCCUGAUCAUCGUCCCAACCCCACCGUCCCCGUCUACUUUAGUAAGGGUUGACGCGUGCCUUGUUAUGUUGAGUGCAGCUGGCUGCGCCGAAGCGGUUGGGGAAUUAAUUGCCUCGUGUGUUAUGGUUAGGCUAAGAGUCUACAUAUGUGAUCACAAUAUAAUGAUAAUGCUUAAUCGAUAUAUAC